GCAACCCUGGUCAGCAGUCAGCACACUGUACAGUUGAGCAGAAGAGAGGAGAGCGCUCUUGAGAGGUGGUGUAUGAUCGUCACAGUCUUGUGUAUUGUUCUUAAGGUUUGUCAUCGAUGACUGUCCGUUACACAAACAAGUAUGAAUUAUGCGGAGCGCCACAUUCCGUCCCGUGUCUGGGAUACAGCACCAUAGUGAACGACCCAGACAAGAUGAGGCGUUACAUGACACGGGCCAUCAACAGGAAUGUGACUCUUCUGGACACCUCAUACUCAGACAUGUGCGAGAAGGAAAUAGGCGCGGUGCUCAAUGGCUGUUGGGCCAGAGGUCACGAUAGGAACAGAUACUUCAUCAUGACCAAGUUGCCUAUGAUAGGGAACCGGAAAUGUGAUGUUGAGAAGUUCAUGAAGAAGUCAUUGAAAAACCUGGGCUUGGAAUAUGUGGACGCCUACUUCAUCGAGAGUCCUGUGGGUCUGAGAGGGAGCUCUGAUAAAGACGUGCAGCCGAGGGACGAACAUGGAAACAGUGUCCUAGACUUAACCACUGACCUGAGAAGCUUGUGGGAAGGCAUGGAGGAACAGUUGGAAGCCGGCCGUACCAGAUUCAUUGGCCUCUGCAACUUCAAUAUAAAACAGGUGGAGAGAAUCGUCAGCUAUGCUCGCCACCCCCCGACCUUUGUCCAGAUGGACAUAAAUGUUUACAAUAUGCGUAGAGAAGAGCGGAGGAGACUCCGGGAAAUGUUUAUUACUCCCAUAGCUACAGACGUCCUGGGCAACCAAAACUUUAUUACCAAGAAGAAAUACCCAUUAUUGUGGGAAAAUAAAGUAGUGUUGCAUCUUGCCAAGAAAUGCAGGAUGAAUCCGCUGUCCAUCAUAGUCGGGUUUGUCUUGCGGAUGAAGAUCAUUUGUUUACUCAGGGGUUUCAACACAAAGAUGCAGGAAAUUAUCUACACAGAUCUUAAAUACUUUUACCUCCAUGAAACGAGCAUACGAAGUCUGCAAGACCUGGACCUGAAGGGCAACUCCAGGCUCAAGAACUUCGUCACCUAUAAAGGGUGUGAGCAACACCCAGAAUUUCCCUUCGACUAUGACAUUAGGAAGAAAAAGAAAAAAGCAAAGAACAUUAAUUGGGAGGAACCUGUUGUUUUUCCUCGAAAGCUUCGGGUUGAUUAUGACAGCGAUGAUGACAACAGUAGAGUGAGUACUGCACCACUGUAUAUACACAAUCCUGUCAAAGGACCUCAAAAUUUUUUAACAGGGAUGCUUGAUGAGGCUGAAGGAUUUUGUACUUCACAGUUUGCUGAUAAGUUGACCAGUAACAGAAACAGAAAUGCUUUUUCUGAUGGAGUAAUGUCUGGCAUUGCAAAGGUGGAUGAUAGGAACAAGCAAAUGGUCAUAAAAGGUCGCAUACAUUUAUCCUUAGAUCACAGAGGGAACACCUUGGAAACGCGGCACAUUUCAUAUUGUGGAAACUUUACAACGUCUUUGCAGAGAAUUGGUGAUUUUUCAAGCCAAAACACUUGUGAAGCUCACGAUACACACCUGAAUGAUGUCAAGGAGGAGGAUAUGCCAAAGGACACCAAACAUGAUGAGGUGCCAAAAUAUAAGCUAAAAGAUGUUCAUUGUUACUCCGAGGAACACACACAAGAGGACAUUUUACCGGAUAAGAAGAAAACUUAUGUGUUGAAAGAAGGGUCGCCACAAGAAGAAAACUUAAAGAGUGAAAUUAAAAACUAACAGAUCUAACAAAGAACUGUUCUCAACAGAGGGGUAACACCAGUUGACGCUUUAAAAUAUUCCAGAAAAGAAAUAAAGAACAUAUCACGAGAGCUCAGCAAAGUGCAAAUGUAAUAUGAUAAUAAAAAUGUAAACACAGUACUGUACUUGUACUAAAAAAAACACAGACUACUAAUGGUACAACCAAGAAGAUUGGACCAUCCACAGAAAUAUUGAAAUGAUGUUGAAAAAUGCCCAACUUCCUGUAACAGGUCUAAACAUAAGCUAAGCCCUUUAUAACACAGAGUGAGUGGAGGAAUUGAAAGCAACGGAGAACAGUGUCUCGAGACAAAUCACACCACAAGCAAUGUGUUUACAAGAUUCAAAUUCAGGAGAAACACCUAAAACCUGCAAUUAGACAAAUAAAGCUCCAAAGACUAUCAUUUCUUUUACACCAAAAGAAAAUAAGGAGAGACCACAAUGCACCAGGUUCUAAACAAAAUAAGGAUAAAACAUGAAAGAUAAGUGAAAAAAAAAUUAAAGUUCUACAGGAUCAAAGCAAAUGAGAAUCAGCUACAAUAAAAAAAAAGUAUUCCUCCACAACCCAACGUUGUCACAUAACAUCAAAAAACAGGAAACGGUAGUUGAAAUGAGGAAUGAACAAGGUUCUCCACAAACCAAUGUGGACCAUCAGGUAUGCCAUAGUAGUCAUACAAAGAUGUAAAAUAAAAGAGAAGUAAUUACCUGGUUCCUCUCUUAGUGAACAUAACAAAAACUAAAUGUUUAAGACCAGCAACAACCAGGGACCUCUACAAUCCCAAAGUCUGAUAAAAGUAAAGGAGAAUGUCAGUUGCAGCCUACAAACAGGUGGUUUUGUCAUAACAUGCUUCGCACAAUAUAAGCAGUGAAAUAAUUAAGCCUAAUGGUAGUUGGUUCUACAGUGUGAAAAGAAGGAAUGAACAAAGUAGCCCAAAAUAACAUCAGGCAAGAUAUUUCACAAAGGAAUAUGUUACAGGACUUAAACAUAAAUCAAACACCUAAUGCAAGAACCAAGAAGGACUCCUACAGUCAACACUACUGUACCACUUUCUAAACCAUGAAACAGCCAAGAAAUAUAUCAAACACAACCCUUUAUAGUGAAAUGUGUCACCAAAUGCAAAUAACAUGACAACUAAAGCUAGUACACUGCACUACCACAUGUGGCUCAAAAAGAGAGUAUAGCACAGUACUCUAUGUAAAGUUCACACACACACACACAUUGGAGUUGUUUAAUGGAUUUGAAGACACGGCCCAUUUGAUCAAAUUAAAUAGAUGGAAAGUUAUUGAACACUAUCAAAGAUACGAGUGAUAUUUAUAAGCUACUGAGUUAUAAAUAUAUGCAGCUUAAUAAUAAUUUAAUAGGAUACAGUUUCUUGUAUAAAGUCUUACAAGUGUGAUGGUUGUUAAAGGAAUGUUAUUAUUUUAGAAGGACCACUUAUAAGGAAAAAUACUAGGAAGGACAUUUUGUAAGGAACAAGCUUACUACUGUGAUAUUUUGAGAUAGAAUAAACAACGUACAGUAUAUAUAUUUUUAUACUAGCUAUUGCUUUUCUGAACUUUUCAUGUAAAUGCUUGGGGCUGUUACAGUAGUGCAAUUUUUUUGGGCAUACCCAUACUAAAGGGUCGUGAUAUUUAACACCUAGAAGUAUUACAAGGCAACAUCAGGUGUGGAAUAAAAUAAUAUUCAGUACAUUAUCACUGUCACAACUUUGUCAUAAGUUCAAGCAGUGCUAUUUAUUGUUUUGUAAUUAUAACUACAAGGAAAAUAGAUACAGUAGUUACUUCAUUCAGUAAAAUCGUCUUGCAUGUUUACAUUGGUUCAGCAGGCAGGUAAACAAACUGAUAAACAGUAAGAUGAUUUGAGCAAGGUUAGUCCAACAAUGCUACAAUAUGCUUAGUUCUAGUAAGGUAUAGUAUUAUUAAUUUUCUUUAUUGCUACUAUAACAUGUAAAUAUAUGGAGAAUAUUUUUGUUGGAUUAGUAAUUAAUGGAUGUGUAUAGGUGAAGGUUAUUAUGAAUUAUUGUACGACCAGAUUAUUGUAAACGAUAUUGUACUGAGGAAAAACAAUCGCAAAAAGCUG